CGGCGCGGCCCGCCACCAGCCAGACCCAAGCUAACACAAGUACCACAAACUAGCGAAGGGAAGACACAAGUGUCACCACAUUCUAGUGUCAAGCACCUCUCAACACACGUGUCCAUUGGCGAGGAGAAGUAACGGAGACUUGUCAAUCUUACAAUUAACUCUCCGACUACACCAACUGUAAAGAAAACCUGGUGAAUACAAUGGCGGCUCCAGUAAUUGGUAUCGACCUGGGCACGACGUACUCGUGCGUGGGCGUGUUCCAGCAGGGCAAGGUGGAGAUCAUCGCCAACGACCAGGGCAACAGGACCACGCCCUCCUACGUCGCCUUCACCGACACAGAACGACUCAUUGGUGAUGCAGCCAAGAACCAGACGGCCCUCAACCCCAGCAACACAAUCUUUGAUGCCAAACGACUCAUCGGUCGUAAGUUCAAUGACCCAACCGUGCAGAACGACAAGAAACAUUGGCCUUUUGACGUGGUCGACAGCAAUGGCAAACCCAAGUUACAGGUUGAGUACAAGGGAGAGAGAAAGACUUUCAACCCCGAAGAGAUCUCGUCCAUGGUGUUGACCAAGAUGAAGGAGACGGCAGAAGCGUAUCUGGGCCAGAAAGUGAAGGACGCCGUCAUCACAGUUCCCGCCUACUUCAACGACUCUCAGCGUCAGGCCACCAAAGACGCAGGUGUCAUCGCCGGACUGAACGUUCUGCGCAUCAUCAACGAGCCCACCGCAGCAGCCAUCGCCUACGGCCUCGACAAGAAGAUGGCUACCGGUAACUCCAGUGAACGUAAUGUACUCAUCUUUGACCUAGGUGGUGGAACCUUCGAUGUAUCCAUCUUGAGCAUCGACGAUGGUAUAUUUGAGGUAAAGUCCACGGCAGGAGACACUCAUCUUGGCGGAGAAGAUUUUGACAACCGUAUGGUGAGCCACUUCAUGCAAGAGUUCCAGAGGAAGUAUAAGAAGGACAUGAGUGGCAACAAACGUUCUAUGAGACGUCUGAGGACAGCCUGUGAGCGAGCCAAACGAACAUUGUCAUCUUCCACUCAAGCUAAUGUUGAGAUUGACUCGCUGUUUGAGGGCAUUGACUUUUACUCGUCCAUCACUCGAGCAAGGUUCGAGGAAUUGUGCUCCGACCUGUUCAGGAACACUAUGCUUCCCGUGGAGAAGGCUCUGAGAGACGCCAAGAUCGACAAAAGUAAAAUCGAUGAUAUUGUGCUUGUGGGCGGCUCCACACGCAUCCCAAAAGUGCAGAAGUUGCUGCAAGACUUCUUCAACGGCAAGGACCUCAAUAGGUCCAUCAACCCCGACGAGGCGGUGGCUUAUGGUGCCGCUGUUCAGGGCGCCAUCCUUCGAGGUGACCAGACUGACGGCGUCAAGGAUCUGCUUUUGCUGGAUGUGGCACCUUUAUCCUUGGGUAUUGAGACAGCCGGAGGCGUCAUGACGGCCCUUAUCAAACGAAACACUACCAUCCCCACCAAGCAGACCCAGAUCUUUACCACGUACGCUGACAACCAGCCGGGUGUCCUUAUCCAAGUGUACGAGGGAGAACGAGCCAUGACCAAGGACAACAGUCUGCUGGGCAAGUUUGAACUCUCAGGGAUUCCUCCUGCCCCAAGAGGAGUUCCCCAGAUAGAGGUCACAUUUGACAUUGACGCUAACGGUAUCCUUAAUGUGUCGGCCGAGGACAAGUCGACAGGCAAACAGAACAAAAUCACUAUCACUAAUGAUAAAGGUCGCCUCAGUAAGGAAGAAAUUGAGAGAAUGGUACAGGAAGCAGAAAAAUAUUCGGAGGAGGACGGUCGCCAGCGAGAGAGAAUCGAGAGCAAGAACAAUCUGGAGUCAAUGUGUCUUAACCUGAAGAAGAGCCUUACUGAGGAGGCCGUCUCCAGCAAAUUGACGGAGGAAGAAAGGAAAACUGUUACGACCCAAGUGGAGGAGACACUCACGUGGCUCGACAACAACCAGCUGGCGGAGAAGGAAGAGUUUGAGAACCAACUCAAGAAACUGGAGGACCACUGGAAGCCCCUGGUGGCCAAGAUUUAUGGUCAGGGUGGUCGAGGACCAGCAGGGUGUGGGCCAGCCACCAACACCACCUCCAGUAGACCUGGACCAACUAUUGAGGAGGUCGACUAAGCUUAAACAUUCCUUGUAAUAAUAUUUAAUUAUUUUACUACAUAAUUUCUCAUUCUUCUCAUCAUAAAUUCCACAUCAAUUUCAUAUCCAUAUUUCAUGGUAGCUGCUGUUGCCUUUAUUUUAUUUUUAUAUAACCGUGUAGUGAAAUCAAUUUGAUUCAUAUUGAAUCCUCGAACUGUAAAUUAUUAAAUAAAAUAUUUAUAAAAUUA